UAUGUUAGUUGAAGACAGUUAUGAUGCAUAUGUUGUAUUGAAGACAUGUAUUGGGAUUCAAAAUUAAAAGCAGAAGCUAGCACUUUUUUCCCAUCUCAACGACUACAUAUUUCCUUCUUCACUGAGUAAAAUCAGAAAGUUGAAGGAAUCUAUACGUUAAUGGCGGAAAAUUCUCAACUGUUGCUGGAAAAAGGAGCAGGAAAGCAGUCGAAUUACUAUGAAAAUUGUCCAGGUUGCGCAAUUGAACGCCUCAAAUGCUCCAAUGUCGGCAUCCCUUUAAAGCACCUUUUCUUCAUCGGCACUGUCACCCUCAGUGCGGCUUUGCCAAUAACAUCCCUCUUUCCUUUCCUAUAUUUUAUGAUCGGGGAUUUUCAUAUUGCAAAAACAGAGGAAGAUAUUGGUUAUUAUGCUGGAUAUGUAGGAUCUUCAUUCAUGUUUGGGAGAGCUUUAACAUCUCUUUUAUGGGGAUUAGUAGCAGAUCGGUAUGGCCGAAAGCCAGUUAUACUGAUUGGCACUGUUGCAGUGGUCAUAUUCAAUACACUCUUUGGUCUUAGUUCGAAUUUUUGGAUGGCAGUUUCAAUGAGGUUUCUUCUUGGAAGUUUGUCUGGAGUACUAGGACCAAUGAGGGCGUAUGCUUCAGAAAUUUGUCAUAAAGAAUAUCAAGCACUGGGGAUGUCAGUUAUAAGCACAUCGUGGGGAGUAGGCUUGGUGAUUGGACCAGCUAUAGGUGGUUAUCUCGCUCAGCCAGCUGAUAAAUAUCCUGAAAUUUUCUCUAAACAAUCAGUAUUUGGGAGGUUUCCAUAUCUUCUGCCCUGUCUCCUAAUAUCAUUGUUUGCAGUAGUUGUAUCAGUCGUAUGUUGCUGGCUUCCAGAAACCCUGCACAUCCAUUGCCAAAACAAAGAAUAUGCUGCGUAUAAUGGUGUGGAGGCUGCUGCAUAUGAUUCUACAUUGCAAGAGAGAGAUGGAAAUUCUGGAGACAGUCUUCCUACUUCUCAGAGUAGUCUUCUAAAAAAUUGGCCUUUAAUGUCGUCUAUUAUAACGUAUUGCGUUUUCCAACUUCAUGACAUGGCCUAUACAGAGAUAUUCUCUUUAUGGGCUAUUAGUCCUAGGAAUUCUGGAGGAUUGAGCUACACAACUUCUGAGGUUGGUGAAACUCUUUCUAUCACAGGACUUGGUUUACUACUAUUUCAACUAUUCUUGUACCCAGUAGUUGAGAGGAUUCUUGGGACAAUCAUGGUUUCACGCAUUGGAGCAGUUCUAUCUGUACCUCUGCUAUCAACUUACCCAUACAUAGCCAUGUUAUCUGGUUUUUGGCUAUCAGUGGUUCUUGAUAGUGCCUCAGUAUUGAAGAACGUGUUCUCUGUGUCAAUUACGACAGGGUUAUUUCUUCUGCAAAACAGAGCUGUGUCCCAAGAACAAAGAGGAGCUGCUAAUGGAAUUUCGAUGUCUGCAAUGUCUCUUUCUAAAGCAAUUGGUCCAGCAGCUGGGGGUUCUUUGUUUCUUUCACAUGAUCUGCUGGUCUUCAAUGGCUUUUGUGUUUAUAAUGUGCUUUGGCAAUUCAUUUUGCUGCUGUGAAUCACAGAGAAUCCCUAAAAAUACUGUGAUUACAGAUUCUCUUGGGCGCAAAAGCGUCAGGGUGCUUCAGUUUUGCCAGGUGAGAAGAUUAAUUUGAGCCACAUUGAAAUACUUAUCUGAAGACUUCUAUUGCGAUAAUUUUUUCAUGUUGUAGAAAAACCAAUUUUGUAAAUGGAUCCCAGAUGCUUCUCCUUAUUAAUGCAUGAGAUUUAGUCAAAUCAUAUUGGUAGAAUAACUGAUGGACCUUCCCAUUCUUUUAUCUGUGCAAUUUCUUUGUCUCAUGAGUGAGCCAGGAGAACUGGAGAAAUUAAAUGAUGGGUUUUUAUUUAAUUAGUAGUAAAAAUAUGGAGUACCCAAUUCCAUGCCAUCUUGCUUAAAAAAUCUGUUUCCAAGAACAAGAAUCAUUUAAUCCCCAUGGCAAUACUAAUUAUUCUGUUUUAAGUCUGUCAAAGAAAGUAUGAAAUCCAAUGAAAAAGAUGAAAACUGUGUCAAACGCUUGCACUAAGAAUUACUCGUUGCUACAUAGAGGAGCUUCCUACAUGCAUGUGAGGCUAUUUAUUCCUGGUCUUUUCUAAACUUUACAUAGUGGAGCCUCAUGAACUCGUUUUGCAGUAUAUUAUGAUUGAUUUUGACUCAAAUCAUAUGGAAUGCAUUUAUAUUAGGCUUGGACUAACCCUUUUGAGUUACUACCUAAUGAUUCUCAAUCGAUGAAUUAAAAUUAUUCUGAUUCAAUGAAAAUGCUUCCAAUUUUAGCUAUUGUGGAAAUGAAAGUGCCAAGGGAAAUAGAAACAUAGUAGCGUAUAGCAUAGUAGCUUCUGGAAACCUCAAGAGUUAUGUUUUACAGCUUUUUCAUAGUUUCCAGAUUUUCGGAUAAUAAGCUGAUUAUUUUUGUUCUUAGUCUUGAGUUGUCCAGCACUGGCAUGAUAUCACAAGUUAACUACAAUUAUUUUUGGGUUCUUCCAUUGUGACAUUAAUGUCUAAAUGCAGGUGAUCAGAUGAUUUUCUUCCUCCUUAAUGUGAUCGAGGUCAUUGGUUUGCUAAUGACAUUCAAACCAUUCCUAGUGCUUCCUGAAGAUAAUGUUUCCAACAGAAAACAUGAGACUUCAGAAGAGAGCAGAUAGUCACAUUUUUGGACUGGUGGAACUGGCUUUCAUCCAUUAACAUAGUUUUGCAUUAGGAAAGAAGUCCAUGCCACAAUACACCCGAAUUGGCUUGAGUUGGGUGAAAUGAACAAAGAGAAGCUGGAAAAACGUGUUUCAGAGACUAUGUUCAGUUUCAAAUAUGGUUAAGAAAAUUUUGGAUGGUGUGCCUUGAACAGUCAGUAGUGGAGUUGACGUAGUUUCGUUUUAGUUCUUCCAUUGACUGUAAAAACAGUGAUGCCUAUCAUGUUCAAAUAUAUACUGCUAUUAGUCCCUUAUAAAGAAUGAAAAUAUGUUGCACAGAAACUUUUCGUUUUCUUUGCUAAAUAUAUGGUUGAAGCAAUUUGAACAUUUGUUUCCUUAA